AUGUAUGGAAAUCAGAUGUAUGCUGAAAACCUUAAGCGGCAGCAGCAAUGUUCCGGUACAAACGACGUUGCGAGUAUUUUAGAGCUCUAUUUCCCCCAAAUCGACUUCUCUACGCCGGACUCCAAGUUAAUAGUUCAAUUAACGUCCCAACUGACAAAAUUCUUCUCCAUUUUGCCCGGCGAAAACAUAAUCUCACAGGUCAAAAGUGAUGAUGGUUUAUGCUUCCUAUCCCUUGACUUCCAGCAAUUUAGAAAAAUUUGUCAGAUUAAAGAACUCUAUGAAGCAUUGGAAGAAAAGCCUAAAGAUACUCUCUCAUGUAUCAGUGCUGCAUUGCACAAGGUUCUGUUUAUGAAAUCGAACUCUAAAAAGCUGGACGAAUUCACAAAGAUCAACAUCCGCCUGCAUAACUAUCCUGAAUCCAUGAUUGCAUUGAAGAAUCUAAAAGCCGCUUAUAUUGACAGGCUUGUAUCUGUGCGUGGCACUGUUGUGAAAGUUAGCACAGUGAGGCCUCUGGUUCUGCAAAUGAGUUUUGUCUGUACUGGUUGUGGAGAAAACAUAACUCGCGACUUUCCAGAUGGAAAAUUUUCACCUCCUUCAAGUUGUGUGAUUCAAGGUUGCAAAAGUAAGAGUUUUGAACCAGUAAGAUCUUCUGCUCGACCUGUUGACUUUCAAAAAAUAAGAAUCCAGGAACUGCUAAACAAUGAACGUUACGAAGAAGGGAGGGUGCCUAGGACUGUUGAAUGUGAAUUGACAGAAGAUAUUGUAGAUGCAUGCAUUCCUGGGGACAUUGUCACUGUAACUGGUAUCAUAAGGAUGAUCAACAAUUACAUGGAUAUUGGAGGAGGAAAAUCGAAAAGCAAGAACCAGGGACUGUACUACUUGUACCUUGAAGCUGUUUCAAUAAAGAAUUCCAAGUCUCCGUCGACGCCAGGGGAUUGUCAAGAUGCUAUAAUUGAUGCUAGAGCAACACAAGUGUUUGAAUUAUUCUCAUUUUCUCCGAAAGAUCUGGAAUUCAUUGUGAAUUUUUCUGAGGAAUACGGUUCGGGGUUAUUUAGGCAAAUUCUUCAAUCCAUUUGUCCUUCAAUCUAUGGGCAUGAGCUUGUUAAAGCGGGAAUCACUUUAGCACUGUUUGGAGGGGUCCAAAAGCAUUCGAUGGAUCAGAAUAAAGUGCCUGUCAGAGGUGACAUCCAUGUAAUAAUUGUUGGUGAUCCUGGCAUGGGAAAAAGUCAGCUACUCCAAGCAGCAGCUUCUGUUUGUCCUCGUGGCAUAUAUGUAUGUGGUAAUGCAACAACUAAUGCCGGCCUAACUGUUGCUGUGGUGAAGGAUCCGGUAACUGGUGACUAUGCUUUUGAGGCAGGUGCCAUGGUACUUGCAGAUCGUGGUUUGUGUUGUAUUGAUGAGUUUGACAAAAUGUCGGCUGAGCAUCAGGCUCUUUUAGAAGCUAUGGAACAACAGUGUGUUUCUGUUGCAAAAGCAGGACUGGUGGCUAGCUUGUCAGCUCGAACGUCAGUUUUAGCUGCCGCAAACCCUGCUGGGGGUCAUUAUAACCGUGCUAAAACUGUGAAUGAGAACUUGAAAAUGAAUGGUGCUCUGCUUUCAAGGUUUGAUCUGGUUUUCAUAUUACUCGAUAAGCCUGAUGAACUACUGGACAAGCGGCUUUCGGAGCACAUUAUGUCACUUCAUACUGGAAAUGGACAAAGUUCACCUGCAGCCAAGAGGAUAUGCUCAGAUUCACAAGAUGUUAGAGGCAUGAAUCUGACUUCCAGGAGUGGAACUUUAGCUGCUAGGUUGAGGAUUGACCCAAAGGACACAGAUUUUGUUCCAUUGCCUGGUUCUCUUCUCAGGAAGUAUAUUGCUUAUGCACGAACAUACGUGUUCCCCAGGAUGACAAAACCAGCAGCUGAAAUCCUGCAGAAGUUUUACCUACAAUUAAGAGAUCACAACACAUCUGCUGAUGGCACACCAAUAACAGCAAGGCAACUUGAAAGUCUUGUACGGCUGGCAGAAGCUCGAGCUAGAGUGGAUUUAAGAGAAGAAAUUACCAUUCAAGAUGCCAUGGAAGUUGUAGAGAUAAUGAAAGAAUCUUUGUAUGAUAAGUAUGUUGAUGAACAUGGCCUUGUGGAUUUUGGGCGAAGUGGUGGAAUGAGCCAACAGAAAGAAGCAAAACGGUUUUUAAAUGCCCUAAACAAGCAAUCAGAUUUACAGCAAAAGGACUGCUUUACUAUAUCUGAAUUAUAUGGUUUGGCUGACAGGAUUUCACUAAGAGUUCCAGAUAUAGACACAUUCAUUGACAACUUGAAUAGUGUUGGUUAUUUGAUAAAGAAGGGACCAAAGACGUAUCAGGUGCUAUCAUCAUCUUAUUCACAGUCAUCAUCAAAAGCAAGGGGCUAA